AUGGACGAUCACAUGAAGAGAGGUUGGCUUGAACCUGUCCCAGAUGACGACAUUCUCGGGCCAUCCUACUACAUGCCGCAUCAUGGCGUCCUUAAAGAAUCUUCUACCACAAAAUUGCGAGUUGUAUACAACGCUAGCGCGAAAUCAUCCUCAGGUCGCAGUCUCAACGACAUUCUCAUGAUUGGGCCCACUGUACAGCCUACUCUGGCCACAAUUCUCUUACGAUUUUGUCGCUAUCCAUACGCUAUCACUUCCGACAUCUCUAAGAUGUAUUUGCAAUUGGCAAUGGAUCCCGUUCAUUCGAACUAUCAGCGUUUGAUUUGGAGGGAUAGUCGUGAUGGGCCAGUGCGUGAUUAUCGCAUCACCAGAGUGUGCUUUGGAGUGGCUUCAUCACCUUUUCUCGCCACCAGAGCAUUCAUCCAACUCGCAGAUGAAAAUGAAGCUGAGUUUCCUCGCGCUGCCGAGGCACUACGUACGUCAUUUUAUGUUGACGACUGCAUCUCGUCAGCCCCAACUCUGAAUGCGGCUUCAGAAACCCAGACUCAAUUGAUUGAAGUUCUCAAACGCGGUGGAUUUGAGUUAGCCAAGUGGUCUAGCAAUAAUCCGUCUUUACUUUCAACUCCGUUGAAUAGCCAAGAGACAUCUUCAGUUUUCAUUGGAGAGACUACCAGCAGUGCUUUAGGACUUUCAUGGGACUCAUCUGCGGAUGUUUUCCAGUUCAAGUCACCAGUUGUCCCCUCUGAUGAUUUAAAUACCAAAAGGAAGAUGGCCUCGACUAUAGCCAAGCUCUUCGAUCCCAUCGGACUGGUGGGACCGAUCAUCGUCGAAGCCAAGAUUUUGCUUCAAGAUAUACACGAGCUUAAGCUGGGGUGGGAUAAAAUUGUUCUCGACGGAUUUCAAGAAAAAUGGCGAAGUUUCGUCGACCGUUUGAAGGACAUCAAUCAAAUCCGAAUUCCUCGAUGGAUCUCGACGAUCCAUUCUCCAACAAAGGUAAAAAUCCAUGCGUUCUGUGACGCUAGCAUGAGAGCCUACGGUACUGCGAUCUACGUUGUGACUAGAGACGACAGCGAUGGAGUGAGUGCCAAUCUGCUUCCGUCAAAAUCUCGUGUGGCACCCAUUGCACAAUUAACCAUGCCUCGCUUUGAAUUAUGCGCGGCUGUCCUAGCCACAGAGACUGUGGAAAAGAUGAAAGAUGUCUUCCAGCCUGCAACCAUUCAUUUUUGGAGCGACUCCACCAUAGUGCUAUGUUGGAUCCACCGUCCCCCUGUUGCCCAAGGCGUGUUUGUGUCUAACAGGAUUCGGAACAUUCUCAAGCUUUCCACUAUCGACCAAUGGCGCCGUGUCGUCACCAACCAGAACCCCGCUGAUAUCAUUUCACGUGGGAUGAGUCCACAACAACUUACUCAUUGUGAUCUUUGGUGGAAGGGACCGCCAUGGCUUUCCAAAUCCGUAGACGAUUGGCCACCAGUUUUCCAUCCUAGCGGCUUGCAACCGGAAGAACCAUCUUGUCUAGUUCUGACACAAGAAUGGCCCCAUCACGGAACACUGUUCGAACAUCUUUCAGCCAAGUAUUCAUCGUUUCCUAAGAUUCUUCGAAUUGUGGUAUACUUUUUGCGUUUCACCCGGGGAGCAAGGGACCCGCAAAGAAUGUCUAAAGGUCCAAUUACCAGCGUAGAAAUGGAGCUGGCCCGCUCAUUUCUCAUCGGACAAGAACAACGUGCUCAAUGGCCUGGCCUUCCCAACCACAUUCACAAGAAUUCCGUCUCAUCUUCAAAAUGGAAGUCUUUGGCAUCCUUGACACCAUUCAUUGACGAAGAUGGAUUGAUUAGAGUUGGGGGCCCAAUCGAAAAUUCCGAUGAAGCCUUCGCUGCUAAGCAUCCCAUACUUCUACCCAAAUCAAAAUUGUCUUUGAUGAUUCUUCGUCACGAACAUUUGAAGCAGUUGCACGCUGGCCCAACACUUCUUCUGGCAUCCAUUAGGCAGCGCUAUUGGCCGUUAUCUGGAAGAAAUCUGACCAGGAGAGUGGUUCACGAAUGCUACCAAUGUUUCCGUGCCAAACCAAAACCAUUGGAACAACUGAUGGGCGACCUGCCGGAGCAUCGGGUGAAUUUCUACCGGCCUUUUCAGGCCACUGGGGUAGAUUUUGCCGGCCCUGUGCAAAUGCUAUCUACCGCUUCACGAGGAAUCAGAGCUCGGAGAGCACAGGUCCAGAAAGCGUACAUAGCGAUUUUUGUAUGCAUGGCUACAAAGGCCACACAUUUGGAGCUGGUGACAGCAUUGUCUACAGACGCUUUUCUGGCUUGCUUUCGUCGUUUCGCUGCUAGGAGAACGAUGCCACGUCAUAUGCAUUCUGAUUGUGGCAAAAAUUUCGAAGGUGCGAACAACGAGUUGUCUCGUCUCCUGCGAGAAGAACUCCAUCAGCGAGAAAUCACUACCGCCACUCAUGACGAAGAAAUUGUGUGGAAUUUUAAUCCACCGGCAUCGCCUCAUCACGGUGGGUUCUGGGAAGCGUGCGUAAAAAGCACGAAGUUUCAUCUUUCACGUGUCACCCAGUCCCAUCCUUUGUGCUAUGAGGAGUUAUCCACUUUACUAUGCCAAAUCGAAUGUAUUUUAAAUAGCAGACCGAUUUGUGCCCUGUCCAAUGAUCCUAACGAUCCAAAAUACCUUACCCCUGGACAUUUUUUGGUCGGAGUUCUAUCCAAUGCACCUCCUGAUCCCAAUCUUGCUCAAAUCCCAGCCAAUAGAUUAUCCUACUGGCAAGCUUGCCAAUCCCGUGUGCAGGAGUUUGGGCGCAAGUGGAGAUUACAUUAUCUCAACACUUUGCAACAAAGAACACGUUGGAAAGUCGACCAAGAGAAUCUUACAACGGGGAUUGUCGUGCUUUUGUUGGACGAGACAAAUCGAGAAGGUUCCAAGUGGGUAUUAGGACGCAUCGAGAAUAUCCACCCAGGUGCUGAUGGUCGUGUUCGGGUGGUUACAAUUCGGACGGCUAGAGGAACAUAUCGCAGGCCAAUUACCAAAAUAGCCAAGAUUCCAGAGGCCGAUGAUAAUUCUUCUGGCGUUUCAACGUCACGCCAGACCGGGGAGGAUGUUCCCGCCUUGAUUUGA